GACGCCAGCCAUGGAUAGCAGCAGCUGGAUCCAUGGGUACGCGGCCAACAGCAACGACGGCCGCGGCGGCGGCUUCAUGGGAGACUACACUGCCAGCUGCAUCCCCGCAGUGUUUCAGUGCAGGAAGCAGGAGCAGGAACUGCUCGCCAGCUCACAGAUUCAGCAACACCUAAACCAGAUCAGCAUGCAGCUGAACAUAGACGACGAGUCAGCAACGGCGUACAGCAGCCAGCACGGCAGCUCCGUAGUGGACGACUUCGGCUUCCUCCCAAAUUCGUACCACGCCACCGGUGGCUGCAGCUUCCCCUCCUCGUCCUCCACCUCCUCCUCGUUCCGCUCAGCUUGGCUGCCCUGCAGCCCGGAGAACAGCUCCACGGCGGCGCACUUCGUCGCGGCCAGGGCGACCGGACCUCAGUUCCCCGAGGUCUCCUCCUUGCUGGCACCCGGAGUGGUGCUCCCCUACGUCGACCAGUACGCAGCCAACGUCCAGGACACGCCGGUGAUAAUGGAGACUAGCGCGAGCGCGUUCAGGCGCUACGAGCGGUGCCUCGGCCCGCGGCGGAGGCUGAACAAGCCGGCAUGCGGGCAGAAGAUGUUCAAGACGGCCAUGUCGGUCCUUGCCAAGAUGCACACGGCGAUGAGGUACAACCACCAGCAGUGCUACUACGACUAUCAGCAGCAGCUGACGUCUAAGGCAGAGGCGUCGGAAAACCAGCUGCAGCACAUGAUCUCGGAACGCAAGCGGAGGGAGAAGCUCAACGACAGCUUCCACGCCCUCAGGACCGUCCUCCCUCCUGGCUCCAAGAAAGACAGGACGUCGAUACUGAUCAUUGCGAGGGAGUACGUGAACUCUCUCAAGUCCAAGGUCUGCGAGCUCGAGGAGAAGAAUCAGGCCCUCCAGUCACAGCUCGCCGGGGGUGCGAGCAGCGCCCAAGAAGACGACGCCGGCGAGAAAGUCGAGAUCCAGAUAUCAAAAGCCGCGGCGGCAGAGGAUGAUAAGACCGGGGAGGUUUGCAUGGUGAAGAUAGCGACGAGGUCGGCGCGCGGCGGCAAUACGACGGACGUGGUGCUCAGGACGCUGCAGUGCCUGAAAGAUCAGAUGGGCGAAGAUGUCAGUCUGGUGUCGAUGAGCACUAGCGACGAUAGCAACGGGCCUCAUCGAGCAAGCCUGGAGUUGCACCUGAAGUCGGCUUCAGGCACGAAUUGGGAGGAGGAGGCCGUCAGGGAAGGCAUCAGAAAGGCAGUGACAAGUCAGCCGCCGGCCGGUCUAGGCGGUGCUGAUCGCUGAGUGAUGGAGCUGGUGGCCCAUGCCCGCGAUCAGCUCGUGGUCAUCCUCCUGAGACCGCCGUAGCGAGAGAGAGACAGCUAGGCACCCCAUUCGCCA